AUCAGCUUCCUCCUGCUGGGAACAAUACGAUUGGUAACUUUCACCUGAUACAAAAAGCAGAAAAUUGAUCAUAUUCAGCAAUGAUGUAGAUGGAAACAAAGAAGUCAAGAGAGAGAGAGAGAGAGGUUGCUUUAACACUCCUGACUUCUGUUAUUAACAGACACUUCAUUAAUUUCCCCCACCUAAUGGAAAUAUUCUAAUCUAAAGCUCUAAAUUUUGAUGGCAACGACACUCAAAUGGUAUUGAGAUCAUUUAGCUACCAUAAUAGGAAAGAAGACAAGAGGAGUCCGAAGAUGUUAGCCUUUCAACUUACUCUCUAACCUCCAUUAUUUUGCUAGAAAAAGAGGUUAAAUUUCCCAACCAUACCUGGCUUUAGCUUUACUCCUACUCAAAACACAUAAAAUAAAAAGAAAUAAAAAGGUGUUCUCAUCAUUCUGUUACACCAGCUCAUACUCUUUUAUCCAACCAUUUUUAGUUUAAUCCUCUCAGUUCUCCCUCCAACCAUAGCUUAGCAGCAUCUCCUUCAACCAUCAUGAUGAAACCUUACAGAGUAAAGCUACCUCUUUCUAUUAUCACAGUUAUGAUCUGCAGUUUUGCUUUCCUUGCUCUCUUAUAUACCGAAGGAAUAAGUUUUCUUUCUUCAAAUUCUAUUCUCAAAUCCAAAUCCUGUGCUAGAAGAGGUGCUGUUGUACAAGCUAAGAAUAAAACUGCAGAGGAGAAGCUAGAAAACCCCGAAAUCGAUGACAGGUUCAACUUUGACCCUGAAGAGUGCGAUAUUGCUCAUGGGGAGUGGGUGUUCAACCGUUCUAUCAAGCCUUUGUACACAGAUAGAAGUUGUCCGUAUCUGGACAGGCAAUUUUCUUGUGUCAAAAAUGGUCGGCCUGAUUUUGACUACCGUCACUGGGAAUGGCAGCCAGAUGACUGCAACUUGCCUAGAUUUGAUCCAGAACUUGCACUUAAAAAGCUUCGAGGAAAGAGGCUACUCUUUGCAGGAGAUUCCCUGCAAAGAAAUCAAUGGGAAUCUUUCGUUUGUAUGAUUGAAUGGACCUUAACUCCAGAAAAGAAGUCUAUGAAACUUGGCAAAGUUCGUUCUGUCUUCAAAGCCAAGGAAUAUAAUGCAACCAUCGAAUUUUACUGGGCUCCAUUUCUUGUUGAAUCCAAUUCGGAUAUCGAUGUUUUAGAUCCAAAGAAGAGAAUACUAAAAGUUGAUUCAGUUGCCAAGCACUCCAAACACUGGGAAGGAGCUGAUAUCCUUGCGUUUAAUACUUACGUUUGGUGGAUGAGUGGGCUUAGGCUCAAGACAUUAUGGGGUUCCUUUGCAAAUGGUGACGAAGGUUAUACAGAGCUGGAUACACCAGUCGCCUAUAAAAUUGGUUUGAAGACAUGGGCUAACUGGAUUGAUUCAACUAUAAAUCCCAUCAAGACUCGUGUUUUCUUCACAACUAUGUCUCCUAUACAUACAAGAAGCGAAGACUGGGGCAGGAAAGAUGGGCUGAAAUGCUUCAAUGAGACAAAGCCAGUGAUGAAUAAGAAGUUUUGGGGAAGUGGUUCUGACAAGAACAUGAUGAGUGUCGUGGCAGGUGUGUUGAAGAAAAUGAAAGUUCCUGUUACAGUUCUCAACAUAACACAGCUCUCAGAGAACAGAAUUGAUGCUCAUUCAUCAAUUUAUACCGAGACUGGGGGUAGGCUCUUAAAUGAUAAGGAAAAAGCAGACCCAGGACACCAUGCAGAUUGCAUCCAUUGGUGCCUGCCCGGAGUCCCAGAUGCUUGGAAUCAAAUAUUUUUAGCUCAUUUGUAGAUUUUCCUUUUUCAACCCCAAAAACCAAAGAGAAAAAGAGAGAAAAUCCAUCUGUUUAUUAUGUGUUCAAAGUUCUUUCCUUUGUCGUAUCUUUUAGCAAAUUAAGCUUUUUUUUUUUUUUUUGACAACCUGUGACAAAGAAAGAACUUUUAAAAUUCCAAUUAAUCAUCAAUCAAUUGUAUCUUCUGGGUUCAAGGCGAAUAAUAAUACU